GUGAAUGCGCUCAGUGCCUCAGUUGAGUGGCAUGUGCUGACGUUUCCGCAUCCUACCUCCGUAAAAUAUUAUUAGUGACCAAACAUCGACAACUUUAAACAAUUAUUAUUCAAUUAGGAAUUGCCCAUCAAAAUGAUAUACAAACUGCUCUCACUGAUAGUGGGGGUGGCUGCUAUCAUGUCAGGGGUGUUUCUCCUGUACUUGACACAAAGGACGCAAGAAAAACCAUCGACUAUAAACCGUAAUAAGUGGUGGGGCAUUGGUUCGAAGCCGCGGCAACAGGAUACAUUUGUCAAAGAAUUCAACAUAGACUUUAGCGACACAUUGGUCAAUGACUUGAAGCAGCGGUUACGCAAUCGACGGCCAUUCACAAAGCCUCUAUCGGGUAUUCAAUCAGAAUACGGUAUGAACACAAAGUAUUUAGAAAAAAUUAUAACCUACUGGUUGGAGCGAUACGACUUCAAACAAAGGGCGGAGAUGCUAAACAGUUUUUCCCACUACAAGACUAGAAUACAAGGGUUGGACUUGCAUUUCAUCUGGGAGAAACCUGUUGUAAAGGAUCCUAGAAUAAAAGUUCUACCACUACUGAUGUUGCACGGCUGGCCUAGCUCAUCUAAGGAGUUUGUUAAAGUUAUACCGUAUCUCACGACGCAAAGAGAGGGAUACGACUUCGUGUUUGAGGUCGUCGCCGCAGAUCUGCCAGGAUUCGGAUAUUCAGAGGGUACAAAAAAGCCGGGCCUGAACCCAGUACAGAUAGGUAUAAUGAUGAGGAAUCUAAUGAAAAGGCUGGGUUUCGAAAAGUUCUAUGUACAAGCAGGAGAUUGGGGCUCGCAGUGUGCUACACAUAUGGCUACUUUAUACCCCGAUGAAGUUUUAGGAUUCCAUACAAAUAUGCCAAUAUCCUCUAGACGGAUAACCUUGGCAAAGAUUCUAAUAGGUAGCAUAUUUCCCGGACUGGUGGUGGAAGCGAAAUAUAAGGACAGGAUUUAUCCUUUGGGAAAACUUUUAAAAUACAUAAUUAGAGAGGGUGGAUAUUUUCUCAUUCAAGCUACUAAACCGGACACUAUCGGCGUAGCCCUAACAGAUUCGCCGGCCGGUCUAGCCGCUUACAUCAUCGAGAAGAUGGGCAUGUGCUGCAACCGAGACCAAAUAAACACACCUCAUUCGGGUAUAGAGAAUUUGAACAUAGACGAUGUACUGGACACGAUUACUAUUACUUGGAUGAACAACUGUAUUGUAACCUCCAGUAGGAUUUACUACGAGGCCAUGAAUUCAGACGAGGUCUAUAUUGUUCAUGAAAUGCAAACGCAAGUCCCUACAGCAGUGGUCAACUACAAGUACGAGGUGUUAUAUCAAUCGGAUAGCAUGCUUCGGGACAAGUUCAUCAAUUUGGUGAGAUCCACUACGCACGACAUCGGGGGCCAUUUUGCGGCGCUACAUACACCACAGUUAUUCGUAGAAGAUUUGUUUGCGUCAGGUCGGGCAUUUUUGAACUUUCACGCUCAGCGCGCUCAACAGAAAAGGCGAUUUUUAUUUUAAGUAAUCGAAAAAAAUCUGAGUCGUCUGACAUUAAUUGAUAGGGAAACACAAUACCUUAGCAUAAUAGCCGAUGGAAACAUUUUACUUAUUUCGCCGAUAUUUUCAUUCUAAGACUGUUUUCUUACAAGUACCAUUUAUUUUUUAAUGCAUAUAGCUCGGCGUAGAUUUUCGAGUUAAAAUACUGUAAAUAACACAGGUUUAAACGAGCACGUACAAUCGCCAGCAGUGUAACUUGACCAUUGUAUGGUUAUGACUUAAUAAACAGAUAGUCAGGUUUCUCCGCAGUCGACUGUACCUUUCUAUGAGUUUCGACUGCGUUCCAACAGUGGUCACGGCAUAACUGGUUCUCUUAGUGUUGUGAUCCGUCAACUAAUUAGCGGAAUAAUCUUCCGGUAUGUUUCCUCUCCAACUAGCCUCACAAAACACUAAACUAACCACGUUCCUAUUCUAUAACGUCGUUGUCGACUCCCUAUGCUGUAGGUUACCCGACAUUCCACCAAACCGGUGUUGUACUUAUUCUAUUAGGUACUGGACUUCAAGCCGCCUCUAGUUUAAGUUCUUUCUCGCGACUGAAAUCGUUGUGUUCUUCUUGAUUUCAAACUCUUUUCUCAAGUCUUGGAAAGAAAUGGCAUUCGAUUGAAAGAACUUGCACAUUAUCAAAAUAUAUAUUAGUUCUAUAAACUUAAUUCAUGAUUAAAGUAGGCGCUUUGCAAUUGCCGGUUUGUUGAAUCAGCGGGUUUUCACUGAGGCGAUAUGUUUCUCGACCAUUUCAUCUAUACUUCGCUUCGUUUGGCCUACAUAGGAAACCCUGAAAAGCAGCCGAACCGUUGACAAAAGGAAGGUAUGUGCGCGUAAGAUCCGGUGUUAAUUUACAAUAUUUAUAAUACAACGCGAAAUAUUUAAAAGUAUAUUGAAAAAAGAUUGGGAAUACUUUAAUAUUAACUUGAAAUUUUUUACACAAUUCUUUUAAUUAUUUGAUAGCAUACUUAAUUAGUAUGAAAUCUUAAAUUUCAAAAAAAGUGUUUUGAUGUUAUUUUUUUAUCUGAACUAGACUGAAAGUGUAUUUGAACAUUAGAAUAUAAAUAUUCGUUGAAAUAAAUGUAUCAGCUAAUAAAGCCAUCCAGACGGCUUGAUUGAUAGUAUUUUAAGAUUAAGAUAAUCACGCAUUUAUUAUUACAAGGUCUUGUAACCUUUGGCUGUGUCAAAUUGAUAUUUUUUUUU